CCUGCCCAAGUUGGUCCUUGUUGGAUUGGAUGCAAUGUAUCCGGCUCCCCCUUCCUCCGACCUCCGAGAUUUGAAUCCCGGCGCUCCCAAUGGAAGGAAAUCAAAUGAGAUCCCCCACUCAUAAAAUUGACCACCCGUCGUCCUCCCUGUCCGUCAUCAUGCUCACUCAAUCUCUCCCCCCCGUUCCCAUCUCCAUCUCCAUCCAUCCCCCCGGGAGCAGGAGCAGGAGGAGCGGCAGCAGUAGUCGAGUCGAGUCGAGUCGAGUCGGCGUCGUCACGGGAGAUACCAGCUUCGCUAUCACCGGAUCCCCUCCUCUGCUUCCCUCUGUUUUCUUCUGCGUGUCCCGUCCGGCGGCCGGAGUUGCCGGUGGCUCAAUCCGAGCCUUCGCGGAGUUCUUCUCAGCUGCUGCUGUUGGUGUUGUUCUUGAGAUCUCUUUCUUGAUCUUGUGUGGGAUUAAAGAGGGAUUCUUGCCUUCCUACGGGAGAAAGAGAAAAGGGGAAGAACGUGCUUGUUCCGGUGGUUCAACAGUGCGGAGACCCGGAGAACAAUGCGAGGUUCAGGAUUAAAGGUGUUCUGGCUUCAGGUGCAGUUCUUCCAAAGCAGGUGACAGGCGAUUCGAUCACCGGAGCUCAGAUCUGACGAAAACAAAACACAGUCCUCCUCCCACCGCCUUUCAGUUCUUGCUUACUUCUGCAACCACUCACUGCGACCGUACACCAAAGAACACUGCACAUGGCAAGCCGAUCUAGCGCGCUGGAAGGAGGGGGGGCAGCAAUACAGCGGAGGAAUAAUGCCGUGAAGCGGCACCUGCAGCAGCGGCAGCAGGAGGCGGAUUUCCACGACAAGAAGGUCAUCGCGUCCACCUACUUCAGCAUCGGCGCGUUCCUGGUGCUCGCCUGCCUCACCUUCUCGCUGCUCAUCCUGCCGCUGGUGCUGCCGCCGCUGCCGCCGCCGCCGUCGCUGCUGCUGUGGCUGCCGGUCUGCCUGCUCGUCCUGCUGGUUGUGCUGGCCUUCAUGCCGACAGAUGUGCGCAGCGUGGCGGCCUCUUACUUGUAAAUAGCCAGAUAAAUAGGCCACCACCUUUGGCCAGUUUUCUGUGUUUUCGGGGGUGAUUCGUCCUAAGAUGAGUCAUGAUCGAGUGUAAUGUGAAGCAUCUUUUCCAGGGGUAGUAGAUUUCAAUGAAGUUUGGUAGCUAUACGAAGUUAAUUGGUUGGAAUUUGGAAAUUAUGGGCAUUGUGCGAACAUAUAUAGUUGUGCAGAAUUUUCUGUAAUUGCAGCAAUCAGUUGAACAGAUUGACUGAUCCACUUGUAGUGGAGAGUGAGCUGAGAUCAGGAGUAAGUUAUUUGACUCUUUGAGGCAAGUCACUGAAUCUCAGUCCACACGGUCAUACGUGAAGUGAGUAUGCAGCUUAA